CCCAUCAGUCUACAAGUGAAGACGAGCAUCAAAGAAGUGAAAUCUGCAGACACAGAGUUUAUUGAAGGACAGAGAGAACAUGAGAGAUCCAGAACCCUGCAGAAUGAAACACACUGAAGAACAAACAGAAAACGAGGGGAAUAAAGAACUGAAUGAAGAGGAGAAACAUGUCAAAACUGGAGAAAAACCUCUGAUUCGCUCUCAAACCAAACAGAAAGAUUUAAAGACAAGAAGAGAUGAGAAAUAUUUAACCUGCAUUCAGUGUGGAAAGAGUUUGACAAACAAACAGAGUCUUGAGAUUCACAUGAGGAUCCACACUGAAGAGAAACCAUACAAAGACAAGAAAUCUUUCACCUGCACUCAGUGUGGAAAGAGUUUGAAAUGCAAUAAAAGUCUCAAAGUUCACAUGAGGAUCCACACUGGAGAGAAACCAUACACUUGUGAUCAGUGCGGGAAGAGUUUCACACAAUCAUCAAAACGUAAGGAGCACAUGAACAUCCACACCAGAGAGAAGCUGUAUGAAUGUGAUCAGUGCGGAAAAACAUUUUUGUGGGCUUUAAGCCUGAAGUAUCACCUGACAGUUCAUACGAAGGAGAAACCACAUUCAUGUCCUUUGUGUGGAAAGUGUUUUUCACUGCUGCAAAGUUUAAAAGUACAUCAGAAGAGACAUACUGGUGUGAGAGAAUAUAUGUGCUUUGAGUGUGAGGAGACUUUUAUUAGAGCUGAUCAACUGAAACUGCACCAGAUGAUCCACACUGGAGAGAAACCUUACAUGUGUUCACACUGCGACAAGAGAUUCAGUCUGUCAGGAGACCUGAAAAAGCAUGAGAGGAUCCACACUGGAGAGAAACCUUGCAUGUGUUCACACUGCGACAAGAGAUUCAGUCUGUCAGGAGACCUGAAAAAGCAUGAGAGGAUCCACACUGGAGAGAAACCUUGCAUGUGUUCACACUGCGACAAGAGAUUCAGUCAGUUAGGAGACCUGAAAAAACAUGAGAGAAUCCACACUGGAGAGAAACCUUACAUGUGUUCACACUGUGACAAGAGAUUCAGUCGGUCAGAAAACCUGAAAGCACAUGAGAGGGUCCACACUGGAGAGAAACCUUACAAGUGUUCACACUGCGACAAGAGAUUCAGUCGGUCAGAUACCCUGAAAAGACAUGAGAGGAUCCACACUGGAGAGAAACCGUAUCACUGCACUGCAUGUGGGAAGAGUUUCAGUUGUUCAUCUGCUUUACAAAAACAUACAAAAAACAUUCACAGUAAGGUGAAAUCUUUCACCUGCACUCAGUGUGGAAAGAGUUUGACAUACAAACAGAGUCUCAAGGUUCACAGGAAGAUCCACACUGGAGAGAAACCGUACACAUGUGAUCAGUGUGGAAAGCGUUUCAGACAAUCGUCACACCUUAAGGAGCACAUGAACAGCCACAGUGUAGAGGAGCUGCACACAUGUGAUCAAUGCAACAAAACAUAUCUGUGGGCUUCAGGCCUGAAGAAGCACCUGAAAGUUCAUUCAAAGGAGAAACCACAUUCAUAUUUUUUAUGUGGAAGCAGUUCAGAAGUCUGUCAAUGGGCGUUAACAGAGGCCAGAGACCCUGAAGACGGAUGCAUAGAGGAGAUAGAGGAGAUAAUACUGUGGUAGGCAGAGCAGGUCACUGUUCAUGGUGAGCGAGGUAUUGGAAGAAAAUCUUAAAUACCUCUGAGUAUCUUUCUGACUGUCUUCAGAAAAUUUGAGAUU